GAUGGGGGAGGCGGAGCUUGGCUCGUGAGGCCCGCGGCUGGCUAUUCCAGGGCGGCGAGAGCGAAAGAAAACAGGAGACCAGAUGACCCUCAAAGCUGCUUGACACCUGGAACUCCCUUGUGUGAAGCAAGCUUUGUACUGCAGAGUGAGGCUGCAGACUAUGGUGGAAACACCCUUGGACUAAAGCUGGAUCCGCUUCUGGUUCUGCCCUUGACUCGUUGUGAGGCUCUACACAAGAUUUGCUAUCUUGGGAUCCCAUGGCUUUCUUUACUGGGCUCUGGGGCCUCUUCACCCAUGUAAAUGGAACACUCAGCCAGCGCUGUUUCAGCACCACCGGGAGCCUCAGUGCAAUUCAGAAGAUGACACGGGUGCGUGUGGUGGACAACAGUGCCCUGGGGAACACCCCGUACCAUCGCCCUCCUCGGUGCAUCCACGUCUAUAACAAGAAUGGGGUGGGCAAGGUGGGCGACCAGAUACUGCUGGCUAUCAGGGGACAGAAAAAAAAGGCGCUCAUUGUGGGGCAUCGUAUGCCUGGCCCCCGAAUGACCCCCAGGUUCGACUCCAACAACGUGGUUCUCAUUGAGGACAAUGGGAACCCUGUGGGGACCCGAAUUAAGACGCCCAUCCCUACCAGCCUGCGCCGGAGGGAAGGCGAGUAUUCCAAGGUGCUGGCCAUUGCUCAGAACUUUGUGUGAACAGAGCCCAGGCCUCUGGCUGCGGGGGACUCGUGAAUGGAGCAGCUCAGAACUGCGCCUUUGCUGAGCUGGCACUUGGGAGCCACAUGGCUGCUCCCUUCACAGUGGGUAACAUUGUCCUGUGAGAGAAUAAACAUUUUCAUGUAUGCUUUCUUCCUGA